AUGAGUGCAACUGAAUUUGUUGAAGACGUCAAAGAACCAGAAAAGACACAAAUCCAAGUAGAACCAUUACAGAAAAAAUUAUCGGACAACUCAGGUGGUUUCACUGAUAAUCAAAUUGAUGAAUAUUUGGCUAAAUUUUUGGAUAUUUCAAACAAUGCCCAAGGUAAUGAAAGUGCAGAAAAGAAGAUGUCAUUGAAAGAAGGUCUAAAAACUUUCCCAAAAGCUGCAAUGUGGUCCUUUGUCUUAUCAAGUUCAAUUAUCAUGGAAGGUUAUGACACCAAUUUAUUGAAUUCAUUUUAUGCAUUUCCAGCUUUCAACAGGAAAUAUGGUGAAUAUUUUGAAGAACUUGGUAGAUGGGAAAUCCCUGCCAAAUGGCAAACUUCAUUAUCAAUGGCUGUUUAUGUUGGUGAGGUUCUUGGUUUAUUCUUUGCUGGUGUUGUCGCUGAUAGAUAUGGUUACCGGAAAACUUUGAUUGGUGCAUUGGGUACUAUCAUGGGAUUCAUCUUUAUUGUUUUCUUUUCCAUCAAUGUUGAAAUGUUGUUAGCAGGUGAAAUUCUUUUGGGUUUCUGUUGGGGUAUGUUACAAACGUUGGUGAUAACCUAUGCGACUGAUGUUUGUCCAUUGGUUUUGAGAGUUUAUUUGACAACUUAUAUCAAUGCUUGUUGGGUUAUUGGUCAAUUGAUUUCCUCUUGUAUUUUGCGUGGUGUUUUGGAAUCUAAAGAUCCACAUUCUUAUAGAAUUCCAUUUGCAAUCCAAUGGGUUUGGCCAAUUCCUAUCAUGAUUGGUAUCUAUUUAGCACCAGAAUCACCAUGGUGGUUGACAAGAAAUAAUAAAGCAGCUGAAGCCAAAAAGAAUAUCAAACGUUUGAUCACUGUUAAUGAAAAUUCACCAGAUCCAGAUGUGUUAGCAAAUGCAAUGUUCAAUAAGAUGCAAUUGACAAUCAAAGAAGAAGAAGCCUCAACAUCUGGUGUUAGUUAUCUUGAUUGUUUCAGAGGUGAUAACUUUAGAAGAACAAGAAUUGCCUCUAUUAUUUGGUUACUUCAAAAUAUUACUGGUUCAGCAUUCAUGGGUUACUCAACUUAUUUCUAUAAGCAAGCUGGUUUAGCGGAAUCAAUGUCUUUCACCUUCUCAAUUAUUCAAUAUGUUUUGGGAUUACUUGGAACUAUUGGAUCUUGGUUCUUAUCACAAAAACUUGGUCGUUUCACCAUUUUCUUUUGUGGAUUGAUUGGUCAAUUUUCAGUUUUAAUAAUCACUGGUGGGUUAGGUUUUACUUCUUCAAGUGGUGCAUCUUGGGCUAUUGGAUCAUUACUAUUGAUAUUCACAUUCAUUUAUGAUUUUACUGUUGGACCAAUCACUUAUUGUGCUGUUGCAGAAAUGCCAUCAGUGAGACUGAGACAAAAGACAGUCAUUAUUGCAAGAAAUGUGUAUAAUAUUGCUGGUAUAAUCACUGGUAUCAUCACACCUUAUAUGUUGAAUCCAACUGCAUGGGAUUGGAAAGCUAAAGCAGGUUUAUUGUGGGCAGGUUUCAGUUUUGUUGGUAUAAUUUGGUGUUGGUUUGAAUUCCCAGAAACAAAAGGAAGAACAUUUGCUGAGUUGGAUGUAUUAUUCCGUGAUGGUGUCUCAUCUAGAAAGUUCAAGCAUACUGAAGUUGAGUUAUUCAAUACUGAAGAAAUGAUUCAAAAGAUUGGUGAAGAAGAAAUCAAAAAAAUUGUUGAGGCUGAUCAAGUUGAAAAACCUGAGAAGGUCUGA